GAGUGUUCUCAGUCGCCGCUGGUGCGAGGGACACAACCAUUGCGCCUUUUCAUAAAUUAGUAAACCGAUGCCCCGCCUCCACCCCCACCCUGCGGAGGAUGCAGUCACAGAGAAGGGUCCCGGGACUCGGACUUCCAGCCCAAGGUGGCCUGGGUCGCGGAGAAGCCUUGUGUGCUGGCCAUGAAGACGCUCCGGGCUCGAUUUAAGAAGACAGAGCUGCGGCUCAGCCCCACCGACCUUGGCUCCUGCCCGCCCUGUGGUCCCUGUCCCAUCCCGAAGCCGGCAGCCAGGGUCAGACGCCAGAGCCAGGACUGGGGCAAAAGUGAUGAGCGGCUGCUGCAGGCUGUGGAGAGCAAUGAUGCCACCCGGGUGGCCUCCCUCAUCGUGCGCAAGGGUCUAGUGCCCACGAAGCUGGACCCUGAGGGCAAGUCCGCAUUCCACCUGGCAGCUAUGAGGGGUGCAGCCAGCUGUCUGGAGGUGAUGCUGGCACACGGCGCCAACGUCAUGAGCACAGACGGGGCAGGUUACAAUGCCCUCCACCUGGCUGCCAAGUAUGGGCAUCCACAGUGUUUGAAGCAACUGCUCCAGGCAUCCUGCGUGGUGGACAUUGUGGACAGCAGUGGGUGGACGGCCUUGCAUCAUGCAGCGGCUGGUGGCUGCAUCUCUUGCUCAGAAAUGCUCUGCUCCUUCAAGGCACAUCUGAAUCCCCGGGAUCGGUUGGGUACAACGCCCCUCAUCAUAGCAGCUCAGAUGUGUCACACCGAUCUGUGCCGCCUCCUCCUGCAGCAGGGGGCUGCCGUGAACGACCAGGACCUGCAGGGCAGGACAGCCCUCAUGCUGGCCUGUGAGGGGGCUAACCCUGAGACAGUGGAGGUGCUGCUGCAGGGAGGGGCCCAGCCAGGCAUCACCGACGCCCUGGGCCAGGACGCUGCUCACUAUGGCACCCUGGCAGGGGACAAACUUAUCCUGCACCUCCUGCAGGAGGCGGCCCAGCGCCCCUCACCAGCCAGCGAGGAAGACUCGGGGGAGGCAUCAUCUCAGAACUCUGUGUCCAGCCAUGAGAAGCGGGGGGCUCCCAAGAAGCGGAAGGCGCCUCAGCCUCCCACCAGCACCCCAAUGCCGGAUGACCGAGAUGCCUAUGAGGAGAUUGUGCGGCUGCGACAGGAGAAGGGCCGCCUGCUUCAGAAGAUCCGGGGCCUGGAGCAGCACAAGGAACGGAGGAAGCAGGAGCUGCCAGAGGCGGAGGCCAGCUCCCUGCACAGCCUGGAGAGACAGGUGCAAGAGCUACAGCAGCUGCUGGCAGAGAAGCAGGAGGAGAAGGAGAGUCUGGGACGGGAGGUGGAGAGUUUGCAGAGCCGGCUGUCCCUGCUGGAGAAUGAGCGGGAGAACACCAGCUAUGACGUGGCCACGCUGCAGGAUGAGGAGGGUGAGCUGCCCGACUUUCCAGGGGCCGAGACGUUGCUCUCCAAGCAGCUCAGCCCGUCAGCCCAGGAGCUCUUGGCCUCGCUGCGGGAACAGGUGGCCACGCUCACCAGACAGAACCAGGAGCUGAUGGAGAAGGUCCAGAUCCUGGAGAACUUUGAGAAGGAUGAAAUGGAGGCAAACGGAUCCGCCGAGGUCGUCCCUCUGGCCCUCUAUGACUCGCUCCGGGCUGAGCUGGACCAGCUGCGCAGGCAGCAUGCUGAGGCUGUGCGGGUGCUGGAGCAGCAGGAAGUCCAGGGGACCCCCAGAGAAGAGAAGGGAGCCCCUGGGGAGCACAAGGACACAGGAGCCAAGACCACCCAAAAUGGCCCAACGGAAAUGGAGAUUGAUGGCAUCGCGGCUCCAGAAACAAAAAUGAAUGGAGCUGAGGCCACAGAUGAUGAGGCUGCAGAAGCUGGAACCACGGAAGCCAGGACUUUGGAAGCAGCAUCCACAGGGACCGAGGUCCUGGAAACUAAACCCACGGACAGUCAGGCCACGGAAACAGAGGGCGCGGGAGCUGAGGCUUUGGAAACAAAGGCCACAGGGGCUGAGGCCACAGAAACGGAUGCUCUAGGAGGAGGAGGAAACCUGGAAGCACAGGCCACGGGAGCAGAGGCCACAAAUAUGAAAGCAGAGGAACCAGAAAUGAAGGCCAAUGGAGUGAGCGAAGUGGAAGGAGAGCUCAGAGGCACAGAGACCACAAAUGAGGCCACAGGAAUAGAGGCCACCACCCCUAGUGCCCCCACUGGCCCCGUCCUACACCCUGGUGCUGCCGAAGCCUCGGAAAAGCUGCAAACCGAACUGGAGACUAGGAUUCGUGGCUUGGAGGAGGCCCUGUGGCAGCGGGAGCGGGAGGCAGCCACCGAGCUGGAGGCAGCCCGUCAAGUGGGAGAGGCCACGGAGGGUGGCAGUGGUGACAUGGUCCAACUGCGGGCAGCCCUGGAGCAGGCCCGGGAGGACCUCCGAGACCGGGACUCUCGCCUCCGGGAGCUGGAGGCCACCUUGGCCUGGCUGGACGAGGCCCGAGCGGCCAGGCUGCUGGCCGAGGAGGAGGCCCGGGGCCUGCGGGCAGAGCUGGCCCAGCGGGAGGGCCGGGCGGCCAGCCUGGAGCAGGAGGUGGUGGCCACGGGCAAGGAGGCUGCCCGGCUGCGGGCAGAGCUAGAGCGGGAGCGAGUGGGCAGUGUGUCCCGCUUGGAGCACGAGCGCAUAGUGGGCGCACUUCAGGCCGACGUGGCCCGGCUGCAGGGGCAGCUGGAGGAACUAGGACGCCGCCACGAAAAGACCAGUGCUGAGGUCUUCCAGGUGCAGCGCGAGGCCCUGUUCAUGAAGAGCGAACGGCACGCAGCUGAGGCCCAGCUGGCCACGGCAGAGCAGCAGCUGCGCGGGCUGCGAAUAAUGAUGAAGUGUCGCAUUAUUGAGUGCCUGCUCUUUGCCCAGCAGUUUCACUUACUCACUAUCACAGAGCUCUCCAAGGAGGUCUUCAGUCUUAAGGAGGCGCUGAAGGACCAGCCAGCAGUCCCGGGCAGCUCCGAGGUGGAGGCCCUCCGCAGCCAGGUGGAGGCCCUGCAGGGGCAGCUGGAGGACGCUGCCAGGGAGCACAGCGCAGUGGUGGCCUUGUACCGGAGCCACCUCCUACACGCCAUCCAGGGCCAGAUGGAUGAAGAUGUGCAGCGGAUCCUGAGCCAGAUCCUGCAGAUGCAGAGGCUCCAGGCUCAGGGACGCUGUGCAGCUCUCAGGCCCCUGCCAGGCCCCCCCCCCCCAAAUCAGGGAAUCUGA